CUUGAACAGAGUGUCUGUUCUCUAUUCACUGGAUACUUCAACUAGAGCGCUGACUGGCAUCGUCUAAAUCAGCCUUUAGUGAAUUGUAUGGAGUUCCACUGCUGUGGUUACACCUUUAGUCCAAACAUCUUGUGGAUGCCCUAAGGCCGAGUUUGAUAGUUUGGCAAUGACAGCUAAACUUGCAACACAUCUUGACGCUUGACUCGCGGAUCAUAUCCUCUUGGCCGGGGCCUGGCCAUAACAACUGAGACUCAAGCAGAUACGAACAAAAAGUGAUAGUGUGGAGAAUGCUGGCAAAAGAAAACAUGCAGAAGAGAAACCGCCGGGAUUGCUUCAUCCCUGGCUGCACUUCACAGUUGGGGCAAGUUUUCUUCAUGACCGCAUACAAGUCGGACGGUCUCCAGCGUUGGUGGCGUGAUACUAUUUGGGGUCAGAAUAGGAAAAGCCAGAGAAUCCCCAAAAAUAAGCGAGUCUGUGAAAAACAUUUCGAAGAGAAGUACAUUGACAGGAGCUAUAAAAUACCCCGUCUUUUCCCGGAUGCCUGGCCGACGAAGGAUAUAGAGGAACCGAACCAGAAUGAGAUGGAACUGCGCGCCCAACAAAGCAUUGACGGAAAAGCUGAGGUUGGUGACCGGGAACCAGAUAUUAAUCCCAAAAUCUAUUGCCGACUGUGUGGUAAUAGAGAAGAAGGGCCCAUGGAGCUUCAGCUGCACGACAUCAAAGAUGGGAAAGGUUUUCUGCAAUUAUGUUUGGGUGAAUAUUUUUCGAGGUCAGAUUUUCCCCAGGGGAUUUGCAACAAUUGUACAGAGUCGAUAGAGUCAUUUGUAGAGUUUUUGAAAAAAUGUGAAUCUACACAACAUAAAUUGGAUGUUUUAUUCAGCCGUGGCGAGGAGCUCCAGACAGAUCCAGAAAAUAAACUGCUGACGAUGGAGGACAUCAAACUGGAGAUUCAAGACCAGGAUAAGAAUCAUGAAAACCCCCGUUUUGAAAUGAACGAUGAGCCGCAUGCUGGAUGUGCAGUUUACGAGUAUAUAAAAAGGGAAGAACUUAUAAUUGAUGAUAAUGCGCUGAAUAGCAAUGAAGACUACAUCUCCACAGAAAGUUAUCAGAUAUCAAAUGAGAGUUUCGAAAAUUCUACCGGAAUCAAUUCGGAUGAUAAGCACCCUCUAGAAAAGAUUCCCUCAAAAAACCAGGAAACAAUCUCUGCGGCUAAAUCAAAACCUAAAAAAGCGCGGUCGGGAUCGCGAGAAACUAGCCAGAUUUGUCCGAUUUGUGGUAAAAUUUUCGUACACAAAAGUAAUUUAUCUUCACAUAUGAAAAUUCAUAGCGACAAGAAAGAUUAUGUUUGCGAUAUUUGCGGGAAACAAUUCUACAUCAGGAAAGAGUUAUACAUGCACAUUGAAUCGUUCCACGAAAAGAAAACAUUUGAUUGUAACAUUUGUGGAAUUAAAUGCGGUUGGAGGAAAGGGCUGCUGAGGCAUAUGAAGAAUAAGCAUUCCAAUGAGACCACGCUGAAACACAAAUGUACGUACUGCGACAAGGCAUUUUACCUACCAAGUCAGCUACGAUUGCAUGUUAUGAAACAUACAGGCGAUAGAAUCACUUGCGAUAUUUGUGGAGCUGGUUACAGAUUCAACUAUGCGUUGACGCAGCACAAAAUACGAGAACACGGCAUGGAGUUCAAAGGUGUUAAGUUGCACAAGAAAAACCGACGACCUCGUCGGAAAGAUAAGUCGAAACGGGCAGGUGUUGCGAUUGUUUCCACAGAAGAAACGAAUAAUCGUUCAUUGCAUGUGUUAGGCUCCAAUCAAGAACCGAUUUUAUCCUCCGAAUCCUAACCAAAUUAAUUGUCGGGAGAAGUUUUUGGUUUUUGGUCUUUCAAAAUGACGAAACUGAAAUUUCUUCUUUUCUUUGUUACCGGAGAUAUUGAAAUUUUUGGUUCAUUUCGAGAUGGAGCGUUAAGUGCGCUACACAUAAAAUGCCCCGUCAUCGUAAAGUCAACGCGAAGGAAUGAAACAUCAAAUAUCAUUUAAGGAAAAUCGUAUGGUAGCAUUCAUUUACACCAGGGUUCCUCCAACUGAUUUUGGGAGUCAACGAGGUCUAAAAAUCGAGCACUAUUAAUUGACACAAGUUCUCAUUUGGUUUUACGUGAACCAUCUUUUUAUAAGAAUGACCAAAAUUUUAGUAGAAAGUAUUAUUGUCGUAAUUUGCAUCAAUAAUUAUGUUUAUGUUAUAUUCACUGAAUAUUAUAUUCAUUAAUUGUUAAGAAAAUUAUGUCAAAUUUACUCACUUAACCAACCGCAAUGUUUUUGAGUGAUAAUAAUAAGAUAAAAAUAAAAUUUUUAAAAUAA